AUGGCCGAGCCCGAGUUUGAGCAAGCCAGGAAGGAGCUCGUCUCCACCCUUGAGGCCUCCACCCUCUUCCAGAAGAACCCAGAGUACAAGAAGGCCCUCGAAGUCGCCUCCAUCCCCGAGCGAGUCAUUCAGUUCCGCGUUGUUUGGGAAGACGACAAAGGCCAGUGCCAGGUCAACAAGGGCUACCGCGUGCAAUUCAACUCCGCUCUCGGCCCCUACAAGGGUGGUCUCCGCUUCCACCCCACUGUCAACCUCUCCAUUCUGAAGUUCCUGGGCUUCGAGCAGAUCUUCAAGAAUGCCCUCACCGGACUGCAGAUGGGCGGCGGCAAGGGUGGUGCCGACUUCGACCCUAAGGGCAAGUCCGAUAACGAGAUCCGCAAGUUCUGUGUCGCUUUCAUGAAGGAGCUCAGCAAGCACAUUGGCGCGGACACCGAUGUCCCCGCGGGCGAUAUCGGCGUGUCCCCCCGCGAGAUCGGCUGGAUGUUUGGCACAUACCGAGCUGAGCGCAACAGGUGGGAGGGUGUGCUGACUGGCAAGGGCCUCGCAUGGGGUGGCAGCUUGAUCCGUCCCGAGGCCACUGGCUACGGCCUCGUCUACUACGUCGAUCACAUGAUUCACUAUGCCUCUGGAGGCCAAGAGUCCUUCAAGGGCAAGAAGGUCGCUAUUUCCGGCUCCGGCAACGUCGCCCAGUACGCCGCACUGAAGGUCAUUGAGCUCGGCGGCACUGUCGUCUCUCUUUCCGACAGCAAGGGCGCACUGAUCGCCACCGAGGGUCCCGGCUUCACCCCUGAGGUCAUCAACAAGAUUGCCGCUCUCAAGGUCGACCGCAAGGCGCUUACCGAUCUCGAGGGCUACGACUACCACUACGUUGACGGUGCGCGCCCCUGGACUCACGUCGGUAAGGUCGACGUCGCGCUGCCCUGUGCAACUCAGAACGAAGUCUCUGGCGAUGAGGCGAAGGCCCUGAUCGACGCCGGCGCCAAGUUCAUCGCCGAGGGCUCCAACAUGGGCUGCACCCAGGAGGCUAUCGAGACCUUCGAGGCGCACCGGAGGGAGAACAGGGGUACCUCCAUCUGGUACGGGCCCGGCAAGGCCGCCAACGCGGGUGGUGUCGCCGUCUCUGGUCUCGAGAUGGCGCAGAACUCUGCGCGCCUGAGGUGGACGUCUGAGGAGGUCGACGAGAAGCUCAAAGGCAUUAUGAAGUCGUGCUUCGAGAACUGCUUGGAGACGGCGAAGGAGUAUAUUACUCCUGCUGAGGGCGAGUUCCCGUCGCUUGUCGCGGGCGCCAAUGUUGCCGGGUUCAAGAAAGUCGCUGCGGCCAUGAAGGACCAGGGUGACUGGUGGUGA